CGGCCUCGCCGCUCUCUCCAUCCGAAAGCCAAAGCGAGUCUCACCAGUCAAGAGCGAGUUCUAGUAGAUCUGUUCUGCUGUUUUUAGUUUGGAAAGCCUUUUAGUUCCGGCGCUCAUGGAGGACGAGAGGAACACCCAGCACCACCAGGUCGGCGAGGCCGCCGAUCAGGUGGAGGUGAAGGACAGGGGCAUCCUGGACACCCUUCUCGGCAGGAAGAAGCCCGAGGACCAGGAGAAGAAGCAGCAGGAGGAGGAGCUGGCGACCGGCAUGGCGAAGGUCACGGUGGCCGAGCCUGAGAAGCACGAGCACAAGAAGGAGGAGCACGAGGCCGGGGAGAAGGAGAGCCUCCUCGCCAAGCUGCACCGCACCAGCUCCAGCUCCAGCUCGUCGAGCGACGAGGAAGAGGAGGUGAUCGACGAGAACGGAGAGAUUGUCAAGAGGAAGAAGAAGAAGGGCCUCAAGGAGAAGAUCAAGGAGAAGCUGCCUGGCCACAAGGACCACGCCGAGGGCGAGCACCAUGCGGCCGUGCCGGCCCCUGCGCCGCCCGCGCCCGUGGGGACGACGCACGCUUACAAGGAGGACGAGCACAAGCCAUACGUGCCGGCGCCCGCGCCCGUGGGCCCGCACGGUUACAAGGAGGAGGAGCACAGGCCGUACGUGCCGGCCCCAGCUCCCCCGCCGGCGGUGGAGACGCUCGUCCACCACCACGACCACGCCGUCGUCGUCCAGAAGAUCGAGGACGACGCCCCGCCGGCGCCGGAGGAGGAGAAGAAGGGCCUCCUCGACAAGAUCAAGGAGAAGCUCCCCGGCGGCCACAAGAAGCCGGAGGACGCCGCCGCGCCCGCCGUCCACGCGCCGGCGCCGGCGCCGCACGCCGAGGACGUGGGCAGCCCGGACGGCAAGGAGAAGAAGGGCUUGCUGGGCAAGAUCAUGGACAAGAUACCGGGGUACAACAAGGGCUCCGGCGAGGAGGACCACAAGGCCGCCGCCGGCGAGCACAAGACCAGCUCUUCUUAAGGUCGCCCGCGCGUCGUGACCGGGGCCCUUGAUCGGAAGCGUUAGUUUGGCGUGCGUUUGGUUUGGUUCUGCUUUACUUUAUUAAGUUUGUUUCAAGAUGGGGAUUGCGCGGUCAAGGCCCGGUGUGUCGAGGCCCGGCCAGUACUGGUAGUGAGAGUGUUGCUGCUUGCGUUCGCUCUGGUACGGGCUCUAGUUUGGUUCCGAGUCAGGGUCUGGGAAGUUGUUGGGUUUGUUGAAUUAUCAGCAGCAGUUGCGUAUUGUAAUUCGGCUGGGCUGCCUGGGCAUUAUGCCUUAAUAUUUAUUACUUUGGUUUCUGCCCAGCAUA